GAUGAACUUUAAUAAAUGCCAAAGUUGUGUCAAUAACGAAGCUGAACUGACAAAGCUACACAGAGAGAGGCAAGUGGCUCUCGAGGAAUUAUCGCAAUGCAAAGCUGAUAAGGAGUUUGUUUGGUCAUUAUGGAAGAGAUUACAAAUAGCCAAUCCGGAUAUCACUCAGGCUAUUAAUCUCGUUAUUCAAAGGGAAAAAGAAAAAGGUGAAGAAAAAGAUAAAAAGAUUCUUCAAAUCUUGCAAAAUAAAGAUGAACAGAUAUCUUCCUUAAAAAAUAAUCUGAACGCAUAUUCUAUAGAGUUAAAUGAGACAACAUCUAUAAAGCAAACCCUUCAGAAUAAAAUCCUCACUCUUUCGCAAGAGACAGAAGCUUUAAAGUUUAGGUUACAAGAAUUUGAAGAACAAAACAGUUUAAAACGUGUUGAAGAGUUGAACAGAAUUAAUUGUAAUCUAACAGAAGAAAUAAAUAAUUUACAAAGUCUUGUAAAAUCUCAAAGUGAAGAAUUAGUGACUUUGGAAAAUGAAAAUAAAGAGCUAAAGAAAAGUUUAGAUGAACUUGAUCCGAAAUUAAAACGCUUUGAAAGUUCUUAUGAACAAUUUGAAAUUAAGGACAAAGAAAAUGUUGAAAGUUUGAUAACUUUAAAGGAAGAGGUGCUUCGUUUACGAGCCGAAAUUAAUAAUAAAGCCAUAGAGUUGGAAUCUUGCAGAGAAGAGCUUAAAGAAUUAUGGAAUACGCAUACCCAAACCACAGAUCAUGCCUCACAGCAAUCUAAUUUGAUAAAAAAAUUACAAAAUUUACAAAAGGAUACAGAAUCAGUUAUUAAUAAACAAGAAGAUGCUUAUUCUCAAGAAACAAAUUCUUGGCAGCAGAUGUAUAAUGAGUUAGACAAUCGGUAUAGACUCCUAAUGCAAUCAGAAAGUGAUGCACAGAAAGAACUUAGAAGAUUAAAGUCAACAUUGUCUGAAAAGGAUUUCAAUCUCUCCUCGUUACAUAAGCAAAUAAAAAAUUUAUGUUCAAUAGUAAACUACGAUAAUUUUGCUGAAAAUAAUGAUGAAGAAGUAGGUAUUUGUACGGAUGAUUUAGAGUUGCAAGUUAAGCUAUUAGAGGAAAAACUAAAAGAAAAGAACAGACUAGAAAGUGAAGAUGACACUGAAUUUCCCAGGGCGAAUAGUGCUAUUUUAGAAAAGCGAAUAAAAUGUUUAGAAGAAAAAUUAACUAAUACUGAGGAUAUGCUUUCAAUCAAGAGAGAAGAAUUGGAAGAAUUACGACAAGCUCACGAUAGAAGAAAGGAAAGACUGAAAUCAAUUAAUUCACAAUAUAAACUUAGUAAAAAGCAGUUGAAAACCUAUGAGCAAUAUGAAAAAGAUAUGAAGGAACAAAAAAAUUCUUUCAAAGCCCUUUCAAGACCAUCAGCAGCUUCCUUAAGAAAAGAAAAUACAAAAGAAGUUUGGAAUGAACUUGGUAUCUUAAGAAAAGAGAAUAAAAAUCUAAUAAUGGAGAGAAUGAAUUUACAAGAAAAAUUGGAUGACUAUAAAGUUAGAGGCGCUCAAGAUGCUGCCGCUUUACAUGAACUGAGAGUUUGUUUACAACAAGAAAAAGAAGAAUUAAAAUUUCAAAUACAACAAGCAAGAUUAGAGGUUGAGAAUAGAGGUCCACCGCCAUAUUUAAUAAAACGAAUUAAAGAUUUAGAAGAAGAAAGUAGGUCUAUAAAAUUACAAUUGGACGAGCAGCAAGUCGAAGUAGAGCAACUUCGAGAAGAGAGAAAUUUCUUAAUAGAGCAAUCUAGAAUUCACAAAAAAGAAAUAAAUAAAGCCAAGCAAGAAAUAGCUGAGAAGCAUAUCGAAUUUAUCAACGUUAAAAAGGAUCUUACUGUUGCCCAGAGAACUAUUAAAAAAUUGAAUAGAAGACGAGCUAUGCUCUCAUCAAGCAGAAAUAGCAUUCACAAGAAGCAGCCAUUAGCGGCACUGUCCCGAAUAUUGGAUGAUCAACCUACAGAGGACGAAUGGAUCGAUGAAUAUAUUGAAGAACAAAGACCAAUUAGAAAAGAAAUAAAUCAAAAACCUUUAAAGAACAAGAGAAGUGAAGAUGAUUUUAUGAAAGAUAAACCAAUAAAAGAGAAACAGUAUAGAUCAAGAGCCACUUCACCGGUAACUGUCCACGAGCAACGGAGUGACUCCAAAGUACAAAAACAACAAACGAUUGCUUUAAAACAAAGAAUUUCCGCUCUAAAUAAACAGGUUUCUUUACUAAAGCAAAGUAGAUCCGCUGUACAAAAAUCUGAAAGAGACUUACGAAAACAAUGUGAAGCCUUAAAAUAUGAUUUAUCUUUGACAAAUCAGAGGUUAAACUCUUCCAAAAAUGCUGUUGAUCGACUGCAAUGCGAUCUUGAUAGAUUAAGGGCUGAUAAAGAAACCCUGGUGCUAAAACUAGAAGAGAGAGAGGGAUCUGUAGAUGAAUCUGUCAAUACUGAAGAUAUGAUAACAAAAUCAGAAGCUGAAUGGGCAAUGCAGUCAGCGAGGCUUAGAGCAGCUAAUGCAGAUAUAACACGUCAAAGUUGUCAAAUCAGAAAACUAAAGCAGGAAUUAUCGGACCAAAGUGAACGCAGUAUAGCUGCAAAUGAAAAAAACAAUCGAUUAGAAAGGGAUUUAAUUUCUAAGAGAAAGCUUCUCGAAGAGUUUAGAAAUAAAUUGAACAAAGCUGAACUACAGCAAGAAUCUAGAGCACGAAAUUCUGCCGAGACAGAAGCAAAAAUAGAAUCACUUACAGAGCUUUCUUCCCGUCAAAAGGUUCAAAUUGAAUCUCUCAAGCAAAGCUUGAAUGCAGCAAACAAAAUACGAUACGAGGCCGAAGAUAAACUCAACAAAGUAACGAACGAACUGGAUAAAAAGAACCGUCAAUUAAGUGAUGCUCGGAAGUCGAAAAAUGAAUUACAGACGGUUGUUAAAGAUGUAGAAAAUGCUGCGGAAUCUCACAUGAAAGAUUUGGCUUCGCAAAGCGAAUCAGCUCUAUCAAAUGCUCAUCGCCACUUAAAAACUACAGAGAAUCGUUUGGCUCAGUACCAACAGUUUAUUAAAACUUUUUCGAAUGAACUAUUGGUUUCUUUAUACGAAAAUAGGACUGCAUUGAGGAGGAAAGAAGAAGAUGAGCUUAAAAAGUCAAGAAAGGAAGACGAUGGCGAUGAAGCGCUGGAUAAAGCUAAAAAAACAGCUGCAGGUAUUUUAAAUCUUAGUCAUUCGGACCUGGAAGAAAUUCUUACUGGAAAUAGUGAUAUUGAGAGUAAAGAAAGUAGCCUCUGCUUUGAUUCUGACCCAAAAUUACACGAAGAAAUGCGUAAAGAUCAAAGAUGGAUGAGAAAAGUACGAAAGUUACUUCGUGAAAAGGAAUUCGCUUUUACUCUAACUCAAGCUUUCAUGGAAAAAGUCUCUGAAAAAUGUCACUUAACCGCUCUAUUGUAA